UUGCGCUUUGGAGAGGCGAGGAGCUGCCGCCCGAGGCCGGUCCCGGCGAGCGAGAACACCGCGGCCCCUUAACCCUUUUCCCACAGGUGAGCGCCCGGAGCUAGGAGCCGGAGCGCCUCGGAGCGCACCGACCGCCUGCUUCCCCGCCACCUGCGCGCCCCCAAACCCAGCGGGCGAGGCCCGGGGCGCCCCGCAGCCGCCGCCGCGCCAUGCUCCACCUCAGCGAGUUUUCCAGCCCCGACGCUCUCCUUGUCAAGUCCAACGAAGGCUGCUGCGCGGAACCCAGCACUGAACUGCCCCGGCUGCCCGCCAGGGACGCUCCCGCGGCCGUUGGCUACCCCGGAGCAGGCGACUUCUUGAGCUGGGCUUUGAGCAGCUGCGGCGCCGGGGGGGACUUAGCCGACUCCUGCUUCCUGGAGGGGUCUGCGCCCAGCCCCCCUCCCGGCCUUAGCUACAGCGGUAGCUUCUUCAUCCAGGCGGUACCCGAACACCCGCACGACCCGGAGGCACUCUUCAACCUCAUGUCAGGCAUACUAGGCCUGACACCUUUCCCCGGCCCCGAGACGGCAGCUUCCCGGUCCCCGCUGGACGCCCCCUUUCCCGCGGGCCCCGACGCCUUACUGCCGGGUCCGCCGGACCUUUACUCCACGGAUUUGGGCCCUGCUGCUUUCCCAGAAGCGUUUUGGGAGGCCUUGCCUUCCGCGGGCGCCCCCUCGCAGUGCCUGUACGAGCCGCAGCUCUCCCCGCUCGACGUCAAGCCAGGCCUACGGGCGCCUCCAGCCUCUCCAGAGCUGGACGCUGCCUCGGCCCUCAAGGGUCCUUACGCCCCCUGGGAGCUGCUCUCUGCCGGGGCCCCAGGGAGUUGUGGUUCACAGGGAGGCUACCAGGCCACGCCCGAGGCCCGUUUUCCCCCAAUGGGGGCCAAGAUUGAGGACCUGCUGUCCAUCAGCUGCCCCGCGGAGCUGCCGGCCGGCCCGGCCAGCAGACUCUACCCUGCGGGGGCCUACGACGCUUUCCCGCUGACCCCAGUUGACUUAGGGGAGGGGACCGAGGGCCUCCCGGGGCUCCUGACUCCUCCUGGUGGGGAGGGAGGGGGUGGCGGCGACGGCGGAGAGUUUCUGGCCGGUACGCAGUCUCAGCUUUCCCCGCUGGGCCUCCGCAGCACCGCGGCGGACUUCCCGAAACCUCUGGUGGCGGACAUCCCCGGGAGCAGUGGCGUGGCUGCGCCUCCCGGGCCGCCGCCUCCUGCGCCGUUCUCCCCAGCCAAGGCACGGCGCAAAGGGCGCCGGGGUGGCAAAUGCAGCGCGCGCUGCUUCUGCCCGCGGCCGCACGCCAAGGCCUUCGCCUGUCCAGUAGAGAGCUGUGUGCGCAGCUUUGCGCGCUCCGACGAGCUGAACCGCCACCUGCGCAUCCACACCGGCCACAAGCCUUUCCAGUGCCGCAUCUGCCUCCGCAACUUCAGCCGCAGCGACCACCUCACCACGCACGUGCGCACCCACACCGGCGAGAAGCCCUUCGCCUGCGACGUGUGCGGCCGCCGCUUCGCGCGCAGCGACGAAAAGAAACGACAUAGCAAAGUGCAUCUCAAGCAGAAGGCACGCGCCGAGGAGCGUCUCAAGGGUCUCGGCUUUUACUCGCUGGGCCUCUCUUUCGCCGCACUGUGAGCGGGAGAUGGUUUUGUAGUUUGGGGCGCCGCCGCCAGGCGCGCAUGAAAAGACCAGCCCGCCCCUCCUCCUGGCUCCCCUUCCCACCUCUUCCUUGCGCGCCCUGGGACCGGCCUCGCGUACAGCCUCCAGUUCCCUUGAAUCCCCCGCCGCACAGGCCCGUUCAGCACCAGCUCCGUGGACAGCUCCCGCGGCCAGAGCGCGGUAUCCGUCGCCAGCUUUGGAGGAGGUGCUCUCAGGCCACACACUGAAUAGGCAGUUCCCUGGGACUCCAGACAGUCUUUUGUACGUGGCGCACAACCCACGCCCUUCCCUAUGCCCCCAAGAGACAGGCUGGGGCAGCGCCGAGCCGGUCUCGCGCGGGACUUUGUACAGCAAUGUCGUUUACUGCAGCCAUUCUCAAUGUAACGUUUUGCUUUGGAGUUAUUUCCUUUUUGUUGUUGCUAAUUUUUGUAAAGCAGACGCUAUUCAAGCAGUUCACAAAACUGUUUAUUUUUGCAAUUAAACUUACUGUGCUAAAAGCUUACAGAAUCUGUCAUCCAAGCUCCUGACCUUUUCCCCCAAACAUUCCCCCUGGAGAAUAUGCCAAAAGGGAAAGAACAUCCUUAGGCUCAUAGAGUCCGAGACCUGAAAUGA